GAUCUGAUCCAUCGAGGGAGGAUCAUCUCCACAUAACAGAUGUUCAUCAUAAGAAGAGAAAGGUAGAGGUUUGUUGAUUAAUACCGCUGAGCACGCAUUGAUCAUCUUUGCAGGGCGCAAUUGUCAGAUCAAAGAACAAAUAAUCGGCACUUACGCACCAGAUGCAUGGACCACUUGAUCGAUUUUUCGCCAUACACAGGAGACUCAUCAAUCAGAUCGCGAGUAUGUGUUAUAAACGCCGAGUCAUAGACUCUCGAACCCUUGUCGUCUCGGGAUUCCAAGAAAUCUAAUAAUAGACAGGCUGCCGCAUUUUCCUGAGACACCUUAGUUGUCACUCCAUCUUCCCUGGCAAGCUUGAAGGCCUCGCUACAAAAAAAAUUGCAGACACCUUCACGUUUGACGCCGUAUUCACGUAGAUCGGGUUCAGUGUACGGAUAACUAGGAGUGGGAAUUAGAUGGCCGAUGAUGAGAGCGUCGGAGGAGUACAAGGCGGAGACUGCGAUUAUGGCGUGUACCAGCACUCGGGAUCACAAAGGAAGAUGAGCAAGACGGAAAGAACAAAAGUGAAGGUCGGCAUGUAUGGUAGCCAUAGGGAUUGCAGGGUGGUUAUGUUGAUAAAGGCGUUGAAAGACCUCAAGCAAAUUCCUGACAAGAGAAGUAUAAACCUCGCACGAGCUGAUCCGGGACAUGAUGUUAAGACCGAGUACGGGUUGAAAGGGAGCUGAGCAGCUGUUAUCUCGGGGAGGGGAGCU